AUGAAGGGACCCGAUACUGCACCGGUACCGGAGAUAGGCAAGCACCCUACACCUGAGGAUGAAGAAAAGGCAGAAAUCCACGUGACGCUGGCCCGUUCGGUCCCGGAGGCCCAGCACUUGAUUUUUACGUCGAAUAAGGUCAAUCAACAUCCGGAGUAG